AGUCGUCCAAUCAGUGACGCGUUGCUCUUUGUUGUUGCGAUGACAUGAAAACAUUGUUGUUGCUGCUGCGGAGACUCACGGACAGACGAGCAGGAAGGACGGAAGGUUCGCGGGGCUUCCUUCAGGUCCGGGUUUAGUUAUUAUCAUUUUUUUUAUUUUUUAGAAAAAAAGGUGGCAGUUUUUGUCUGUAAAGGAGCCGCGGGAGCAGCCAUGUCGGUCAAUAUGGAAGAACUGAGGCACCAAGUGAUGAUAAACCAGUUUGUUUUGACGGCUGGCUGCGCCGCGGAUCAGGCGAAGCAGCUCCUCCAGGCGGCCCACUGGCAGUUCGAGACGGCCUUGAGCUCCUUCUUCCAGGAGGCCAACGUCCCCGGGCAUCACCACCAGAUGAUGUGCACUCCCAGAAACACCCCCGCCACGCCACCCAACUUCCCCGAUGCCAUCACCAUGUUCUCCAAACUGCGGGCGUCCGAGUGUGGCUCCGGCAGUGGGCCCUCCCAGGUGUCCAUGGCGUGCUCUCCACCAACUCACUCCUCCACGGCGGGAUUCGGCUCCUUCUGGGCGUCCUCGCCACCCAGCCACCAGCCGGCCUGGCUGCCCCCGUCAUCGCCCACGGGCCACCACAUGCAUCACAAUCACUACCACCACAUGCAACAGACUCCUAUGUGGCCCCCCGUCUCCCAGCCCACCGGCUCCCAGCAGCCUCCUGUUGUAUCGGCACUUCAUGGACAGAGAUGAGGCUGAGCGGCGGGCUGAGUGAGCUCGGGCAGGGCGGGAGGGUCUGGGGUUUUAGGGGCGGGAGGGGGGAGGAUUUCUUGUUUCUCGUUUCUCUGAACUGAACACGAGCAGUUUGGCUUUGCUGCGAGCCGGAGGGCGACACUGGAGGGUCUCCGAGGACACUGAGAAACUGAACCCAGCCACGCUCUGAGCAGAACCCCAACAGAGCACUUACCGAGGAUCGGAGCCAUGAGACGUGAUUUUUAGAGACUCUCUUUUCAUUUGUCAGAAAAAAAAUCAGACAGGAAGUCGACAAUAAACCAGCAGACCAAGAGGAGGACGAAUCAGACGUGUGUGUGUUUGGAGUACAGAUGUGCAUCAACAGGUCAGGUUUCCGCCCAGGCUGCAGACACUAACGUGAUGUCAGAGACGAUCCCAGUUUGUGCUUCUCACUGAGUGCUGAGUUGUUUAAGGAGGUUUUUCUGAGCUGGAUGGAAAAAUGUUGAGUUUGCUGCACACCUGCCAGAUGUGAACACAGCUGGAAGUGAGAAACUGUGCCUGAGGCAGAAAAUUUAAAAUAAAUGUAAUCUUGUUUAUGUCCAAUGAUUCUUUUUUUUUUUUUUUUUUUUGUCGUUCUCUUUGCUUCACGAUUCCUGUUUCCACCUCCUGAAUCUACAGAUUUUUAAUUCCACUUACAAAUAAAUAAAACUAAACACCU